AUGCACAUCGGGUCUGAUCGCGCAAAGAAGGCGAAGGCGCAGCAGCUGCGGCGGGAGUACGAGGCGCUAGCAUUCCGCGACGGCGAGGCAGUGGAGGAUUUCUCGAUCCGUUUGCAGUCGCUCGUCAGUCAGCUGGCGGCGCACGGCGUCACCAUCACCGACGAGGAGGCGGUCGCGAAAUACUUGCGGGUCGUGCCGCCUAAGUAUGCCCUGAUCGCGCUCUCCAUCGAGACGUUGAUCGACAUGUCCACCCUCACGAUUGAGGAUGUGACUGGGCGCUUGCGGGCAGUGGAUGACCGCGUGGAGACGCCGACAAUAACUACCAGCGGCAAGUUACUACUGACCGAGGAAGAAUGGGCAGCUCGUAUGCGUGAGCGGCGACCCGGGGAAGGCUCCUCCAACCGUGGCGGCUACGGCAAGCGCCAAGGUAAGGCCACGCAGAAGAAGAAGGACGGCAACAACGCACGUCCGAUCGAUAAGGACACUUGUCGACGCUGCGGGAAGACAGGGCACUGGGCCCGGGAUUGCAAGAAUCCCAAGAAGGAGAAGAGGGAGGCGCACUUCGCACAGGUGGACGACGAGGAGCCAGCUCUUCUCAUGGCAACGACCUGCACGUUGCACGACGUCGAGCCAGAGUUGGAGGAAGUCAAGGCGGCGACUACAGAGCACGGGAAGGCACUGCAGGCCGUUCACCUCGACGAGUCGAGUGCCCAAGUCCAUCUUGGACGAAUGGCCAGUGGCAUGGAGCAGAGGUGGUACGUGGACUCUGGCGCCAGCAACCACAUGACCGGCUCCAAGGAGGCUUUCUCCGAGCUUGAUGACAGCGUGACGGGGACAGUGAAGUUCGGCGACGGCUCGAAGGUGGAAAUUCGAGGUCGCGGCACUGUCAUCUUCCGGUGCCAGAACGGCGAGCACCGCGCAUUGACGGUUGUGUACUAUAUCCCGCAGUUGCGUUCAAGCAUCAUCAGCAUCGGGCAACUGGACGAGCACGACUACGAGGUGCUUGUCAAAGGCGGCGUGCUAGAGCUCCAGGACCGAGAACAGCGGCUGCUGGCUAAGGUCCAGCGUUCCAGGAACCGACUCUACCUCCUCGACUUGAAAGUGGAGCAACCGGUGUGCUUGGCGGCACGGCACACUGAGGAGCCAUGGCUAUGGCAUGCUCGGUUCGGCCAUUUGAGCUUCGACGCACUCGGUCGGCUGAGGAAGAUGGUGCGUGGGCUCCCGCACAUCGAGCACGAAGGUGAGCUGUGCGAUAGCUGCCUGGCAGGGAAGCAGAGGCGACUGCCUUUGUCAAGCGGGACGAGAGUGGCGCCAUAG